AUCUCUUUUGUCAUUCAUUGCAGAUGGCACGUAAGCGUGAAGAGAGAGCUAUUAGAAAUGCACAGCGGGCAGCUCGGAAAGCCCGUGCUUCUCAAAGUGGGCAAGACCCAAGCUUCGUUUCCUUGAAGCAGCAGUUGGCGGCCAUGGGACUAACCCUAAGAGAAAUACCUGGAGAUGGAAACUGUUUAUUUCGUGCACUAGGAGAUCAGCUAGAUGGAACGCCAAACACACACCAAAAGCACAGACAAGAUGUUGUUGCUUACAUGCGACAGCAUCGCAGUGACUUUGAGCCUUUCGUUGAGGAUGAUGUCCCAUUUGAUAGGCACUUGAGCAACUUGGCUGAACUUGGAACUUAUGCUGGGAACGACUGUAUUGUUGCUUUUGCACGCCUUCAUGAAGUUAACAUUGUAAUUCAUCAACUAAAUGCUCCCCUUUGGCAGAUUUCUGGAAUUGAAGAAAAAAAUAUUCGCGAACUCCACAUAUCAUAUCAUAAUGGUGAUCACUACAAUAGUGUGCGCAGAACUGGAGAUGUAACAACCAGUCCUGCAAGCAUCAAGUUAGCUGUUCAGGAAUCCUCAAAUGAUACCAAAGAUAAAAAGAAGAACGGGAGCAAAUCCCCCGAAAAGUCCUACAGUGAUGACUACUGCCAGGACUAUGCAGAGUAUGGCCAGGACUAUUCAGUUUGGUCAGGGGAGGGUUACGACUACUCAGAGCCAGUGUAUGAAGGUCUCUAGGAGGAGCAGAUGGUCAUUGAUAAGACAGGCUGUGAGGAUCUGCAGCUGAUCAGGUUUUCAGCUGGAGCCCAUGAGUACGAUGUGGAGGAAGCCAUUGACUCUACACUCAGCUAUGUUAUCUCACAGCAGAAAGGAGAAAACCCUCAAAUCACACUCAGCAGUAAUGGCAUAUGGGGACCAAAUGGGACCGGGACUCGCAUAUUUGGGGAGGGCGCAGCCACUCCCCUCGCCCCCCCAACAUCCAUCCAUCCAGUUACCAAAAGAAGACAGCACAGGAGAAGCUCCAGCAGCGCUUGCGCACACAGCCGGUAAGUGUGUGGGUCUUGG